UUUUGAAAACUGUUGCUGAGAAUUACGAAUAUCAACCGGGAUUUAUACUAGACUUAAUAAUUACGAGAUUCGACUCACGGAGAACAAUACUGAGCGAAUAGAGAAAAGUUGGUUAUAUUUAAAAAUGGCCUCAAAACCACAAAUCUGCGUCAUCGGGUCCCUCAACAUCGACUUCGUCACAUAUGCCCGGCGUUGUCCCGGGCCUGGCGAAACGCUGACGGGAUCCUCCCUGUCUAUCGAUGCAGGCGGUAAAGGUGCGAACCAGGCGGUUGCAUGCGCACGAGCGGCUUUCAGUUCUAAAGCCCAACAAGAUGUGGCAGUGAGCAUGAUCGGAGCUGUCGGUGCAAAUGAUCCAUAUUAUCCGACGCUGCUACAGCCAGCAUUAGAAAAGUCAGGGGUGGACACCACGGGAAUCGAGCAGAGGACAGACUGUCAAACGGGCUCGGCGACUAUUAUCGUGGAAGAAGGCGAGCAAGGGGAGAAUCGCAUUGUGGUGGUACCGGGAGCAAACCAUGAUGGAAUGAAUGAUGUUGAUAAGCUCCUUUCCGUUGUCCAGACACAGUGUCCUGCCUCGCCACAGGUCGUGGUUCUGCAGGGAGAGAUUCCCAGGCCAACCGUAAUUGGUCUGAUGCAGUAUUAUAAUCGGAGCGAGAAUCCAACGAAUGUCGUUUUGAAUAUUGCGCCCGUAUAUCCGGAGGGAAUUCCUCUGGCUGCUCUGUCCAACACAGCAGUCUUGAUCAUGAAUGAAACGGAGACCAUCCAGAUGGCGGAAUCUAUUCCUGAUUUCCCCGUGGGAUCUCAAACCGAAGCUGAUCUGCAGCCGGAGUUGUUGGCUCCGCUUUUCCACAGGGUGGCUAAGGUUCCCAUUGUUUUGAUCACACUCGGUGCGAAGGGGGUAUUCUUCUCAACGGCCACCGGUCGUAACGGUUCUGUUCGUGGCGUGCACGUUAAGAAUGUGGUGGACACCACUGCCGCUGGAGAUACCUUCGUGGGGUACUUCUCGGCUGAAUUUGCAAAGUAUGCUGCCACGGGACAGCCUCUCGAGGACUUUGACGCUUUGAUCGAGUCUGUCGUACAACAGGCGAAUCAGGCAGCCGCCAUGUGUGUGCAGAGAAAGGGUGCGAUCGAAAGUAUUCCAUUUGCAUAUGAGAUCACAGACCGCCAAUAAGGCGACGCAAUACCCGCAAAAUACAAUCA